AUGAUAAGAUUUGUGUAGUGUGGGUUGGUGCAGAGGAGGAGCAGAGAGAGAUAAGGGCGGAGAUGCGAGUAUUCCUGCUUUCGAGGAUUCGUGCACGUUUCCGCGUCCCGAUGAUUUCCUCCCUAUAAAUAUCUCGCAAACCCUAAUUGCCCUUUUCCAAUUACAUAUUUCAAACCGAAUCUAUUCUUUCCGGAUUGCGGUGGACUGGCUUCGCUUCGCCUUGCGCUGCCCUGACCCACCUCGAUUUUUAUUUUCUUCUGCAAUUCCUCCUAAAUUUUUGUUCUAAUUUAAUGCGCGUCGAUACUAUUUGAUUCGUCGGUUCGAAAUAUGUUGUAGCCAGCCAGACAGCCACAGAAAUUCAAUUUGACGUAUUGGGAUUGGGCUUCCGUUAUUUUUCGCUUCUUUGUUUGUAUUCUGUUACUUGAGGAAGAAAUUGUAUUAUUAGAAUCAGACGGUUGCUAUGGCGGUUGCUUACCCGCAUUUUCCGGUUCCUGAAGCCCUUGCCGCAGUUGAGUCGCAGGAGAAGAUGGUGCCUUCUGCCGCGUCGCCGUCGUGUCCGCUCACGCAGGAUGAUUUGAAGAGGAUUUCCGCGUACAGAGCCGUGGAGCAUGUCAGAUCGGGAAUGGUGGUAGGGCUCGGCACGGGUUCCACCGCCAAGCACGCCGUCGACAGGAUUGCGGAGCUAUUGCGGCAGGGGAAGUUGAAGGACAUCGUUGGCAUCCCUACGUCUACGAAAACUCACGAACAAGCCGUGUCGUUAGGGAUUCCGCUUUCAGAUCUCGAUUCGCAUCCAGUUGUGGAUUUGUCAAUCGACGGCGCGGAUGAAGUCGACCCUAACCUAAAUUUGGUUAAAGGCCGCGGAGGCUCGCUGUUGAGGGAGAAAAUGGUGGAAUCCGCGAGCAAGAAGUUCGUCGUCAUAGUCGACGAAUCAAAAUUGGUGAAUCACAUUGGCGGCAGCGGUUUGAACAUGCCUGUGGAGGUUAUCCCCUUCUGCUGGAAACAUUCCUUGAAAAGGCUCGAAGGUUUGUUUGCCGAUGCAGGCUGCGUCGGCGAGCUGCGGAAGAUUCCUCAGAGUGGGGGGAAGCCAUACGUAACCGAUAAUGGAAAUUAUAUAAUUGAUUUGUAUUUUGACAGGGACAUGGGAGAUUUGAACAAGGCUAGUGAUGCAAUCUUGAGACUUCCUGGUAUAGUCGACCAUGGCAUGUUCAUCGGAUUGGCAAGUUCGGUGAUCGUUGCCGGAGUCGAUGGCAUAACGGUGAAGACUAAAGUAGGGAAUGAAUUGCAGGUCGUUUCACUUAGUUACAAAGAUGCUUUUUAGUGUCAAACUGUGGUAUCAAUUAAUUCGUCAUGAGUCUGAUCACUGAUUAGUUCUUCUUAAUACUAUCAAUGCUCCUGUCUGUGCUGAAUUUUAAUGAAAAUUUUGGUUAGUUUUGAAA